AUGUCAACCUAUUUAAUAGCUCCAUCUCUGACUAAGAUUUUCAAUAAAAGUUUAUCAUCCGGAAUGUUUCCGACAAAAUGGAAAACAUCAAAAAUUAUCCCAAUCUACAAAUCUGGUGCCAAAUGUGAUGUCAACAACUACAGGCCCAUAGCCAUACUCUGCGCUGUCAGUAAAGUUCUCGAGCGUCAUAUUCACAAUCAUCUUUACCAGUUUCUCGUGAGUCAUAACUUAUUACAUCAUGCCCAAUCUGGUUUUCGAAGAAAUCACUCGUGUGAAACAGCGCUAUGCAAACUUGUGGAUAUGUGGACAUCCAACAUGGAGAGCGGCCUCAUAAAUGGGGCAGUAUUUAUUGAUCUACGCAAAGCUUUCGACAUGGUAGAUACAGAUUUGUUAUUACGAAAACUUGCAGUUUACAAAUGUGAUGAUUUGACAUUAUCCUGGUUUAAGUAA